AGAUUGUUUUAUCAUCGUUUCUGGGUUGUCAAUGGUACUCCAAGUGGUAUUUCUGGGAAAUUCUGCGAUUCUGUGAUUUCCUUAUCAUUACGCAAAAUAGUGCAAUAAUUACUAAGGAAUAUCUAUAUUACAAAAGGUACUUGCGUUUUAUCAAUCAUUUUUUAAAGAAAAAUCGGUACAAAAUGUCAUUGUACCCUACCCUUGAAGACAUGAAGGUGGAUCAUAUGAUGAAGGCUCAAUUCCAAGCAGAGUCGCAAUAUGAUGUUCCACCCAUAUCGAAUAAGGAACAUAUAGUUCCAUCUGCACCUAGCUAUAAUUCAAGUGCUGUAUUAUAUCCUCUGUUAGGAGAAUACAUGGGGAUGGAACUCAGCGAAGCAGUGAUAGCAGAAAACAUGCCUGAAUAUUCACUUGUGAAUCGUUCAAGUGUGACAGUUAGUGUACCUGUUCCAUCUGGACCAAUAGCAGGUAUGGUUGCACCAUUAUCUGGACAAUCUUUAGGAUUGCAGAGAUCGCAAGUUACAAAUGGUAUAAGAGAGUUAAUAUUAUGCAAAGAUAAAGAUGGUAAAAUUGGUUUGAGAGUACAAGCUGUCAGUAAUGGCAUCUUUGUAUGCCUUGUAAGUCAAAAUUCUCCGGCUGCACUUGCUGGUUUGCGAUUUGGGGAUCAAAUUUUAAGUAUCAAUGAUAUUUCCGUUGCUGGGUGCACGAUGGAUCAGGUUCAUAAAAUGCUGAGAAACACUGAUGUUAACGGCAUCAGAGUAGUUAUACGCGAUAGGCCAUUUGAGCGUACAGUAACCAUGCACAAAGAUAGCGCAGGGUAUAUCGGUUUUCAGUUUAAAAAUGGAAAGAUAAUUGCGUUGUUCAAAGAUUCUUCGGCCGCUCGAAAUGGACUCUUAACGGAUCAUCAACUGUUAGAAAUUAACGGAAAGAAUGUCAUCGGAUUAAAAGAUAAAGAAAUUACGGCGGAAAUUGAAAAUGGCGGAGACAUUGUCACCAUAACGAUUAUACCCUCGUACAUUUACGAACACAUGAUUAAAAAAAUGAAUACUAGUUUAUUAAAAACACUUAUGGAUCACUCUGUACCAGAUGUUUAAAACGAAGUAAGUGCAUUUAAAAUAUUCAUUCAAAUGAUUGUCGACUUUGGUUUUGUGUUUUAUUGAUCUGCAGAUCUGUAUGUGAUACCUUAUGCUUUUGUAUCAAUAGAACAGAUUAUGAACAUAAGUUUUAAAUUACAAGUAUGGUGAAACAUUUCAAUCUACCGUACUGGCCAAACAUUUAACAGAUGACUUCAUAACAAUCAGAUUAUUUUUUGUAACUAGAAAAUUUAUAAAAAUAGUUAUGUUAUCCAUCAGAUAAAAUACGUUUAUGUGGGGGAAUGUAUUGUUAGUUUGCAGAUAUAUGGAUGACCAAUGAAUAUUCAAUAUUUACAAACUAAAUUAAUCGCAAUAUCAAUAUUCUUUAUUAUCGCACUAAGUUCAAAAUAUUUCAGUUGUUUAAAGAUACGUUUAUAACGCUGUUAUCUUUUAGUGAAAUAUCUUCAUGAUUAUUUAUGAAGUCUUACAAUAGCAACUAUAUAUAAGUAAAAUGGGAACUUGUAGUUAAUGUUUAUUCUUGAAUAGAUAGUGCAACCAUCUAUGGUUAAAUGUUUUAAAAAUUUUUAUAAUGUUAAUACUUUUCUAUACAAUUUUAUCUUGUAAAUAUUUGUCUAAUUUCUUUAUCACUGUUAUUACAAUUUUUAUUUUAUUAGACUCAACUCCUGUGCAACCAAUGUUCUAGAUGAUAAUACUGUAAUUGAUAAAUGUUAUACUUCUUUCUGUUUAUUAA